AUGGAAGCGGGAAGAUGUCAGAUCGUUUUACGGAUCUGUGACCUAGAUUACGUGGGUCAGCAAGAUCGACAUCCUCUCUUCACGGUAGUUCUCGAACAGUUGAGGGAGCGUCAGCAUCUUCAGGGAUUCUUUCAGCUCGUAACCGCAAACAUCACUUGGAUCGGAAUCGACAUCUCAAAACCGGAACUCGAAAUCCAUUCCUACAAUCAAGAACUCAAACUGCCCAAGGUCAUUCCAAACAACCUGGUCGGCAUCAAGAAACUCAUCACCAAACUCAAAAAGACAUCCUCCCCACACCUCGUCUUCGAAGCGACUGGAGGCUACGAAAAACUCCUUCUCGUUCUUCUUCAAAGCGAAGGAAUAAAGACCUCCCGCAUCACCCCAUCGCUUGCCCUCCUCACCGACUACGGCAUCCAGUUCGAACCCAGAGAGACUCCUCCUCUUGACCCCGUCCUUGAGGAAAUUCUCACUCUGGUCAAAUACCGCAGACACCUCAACGAAGCCCUCCACCGCGAGCGUCAACAACUCGAACACCUCCUCCCAAAAAGUGUCGAAAAAAUGGUCAAAGCCAACAUCAAGACACUCCAAACCAAGAUCGAAAAAACCACAAAACUCAUGCUCAACUUAAAGCAAAAGUCGCCUUCCCUCGAUCAAGCCGCAACCCUCCUCACCCAAACCAAAGGCGUAGGAGACAACUCAGCUCUUUCCCUUUUAGCCGCUAUGCCCGAACUAGGCAAACUCACCAACAACCAAGCCGCCUCGCUCGCAGGCCUCGCUCCCUUCAAUCGCGACAGCGGUAAAAUGCGGGGACAAAGAAGGAUCUUCGGAGGGCGUCGAGAAGUCCGCCAAGCUCUCUACAUGGCCGCUCUCGUCGCCUCUCGAUACAAUGACAUUCUCAAAGAAUUUUACCAACGGCUCCUCGCAAAAGGAAAACCAAAAAAACUCGCCCUCAUCGCCGUCAUGCGAAAACUCCUCAUCCACCUUAACUCACAGAUGCACAGUUGCUUGUUUCUUGUUUCCUUUUCGUUUUUCCCUGAUUCUUUGCCUGUGGCCAAGACAAAUACAGACGACCUUCGCAUUCGGGGUAUUGAUCCAUUGAUUUCUCCUUCGGUGCUUUCUUAUUAUUUACCGAUCACUGAGCAGGCGGCUUCUUUGGUAGCGCAGGCGCGUGAUGGGGCUGAGGGGAUAUUGACGGGAAAAGACGACCGCCUUUUGGUGGUGGUGGGGCCUUGUUCAAUCCAUGAUACUUUUGCGGCGUUGGAAUAUGGGGAGCGGCUCAAGGGGGCGAUUGAUCGGUAUGCGGAUGAUUUGCUUAUUAUGAUGCGGGUUUAUUUUGAAAAGCCUCGCACGACGGUGGGCUGGAAGGGCUUGAUCAAUGAUCCGCAUCUGGAUGGAUCGUUCGAUAUUAACCGUGGGCUGCAUAUUGCUCGUGAGCUUUUACUUCAGCUGGCGGGUAUGGGAAUUCCAGCUGGCACGGAGUUGCUGGAUACGAUUUCGCCUCAAUAUGUGGCAGAUCUUGUGGCGGGGGGGGCGAUAGGGGCGCGCACGACGGAGUCUCAGAUUCACCGCGAGUUGGCUUCGGGGCUCUCGAUGCCAGUGGGGUUUAAAAAUGGGACAGGGGGCUCGAUCCAGAUUGCGCUGGAUGCCAUCGGGGCGAGUUCACAGCCGCAUCAUUUUCUUUCUGUGACGAAGCAGGGGGUAUCGGCCAUUGUGACGACGGAGGGGAAUCAGGCGUGCCAUUUAAUUUUACGAGGAGGAAGCAAUGGACCGAAUUACUCGCGAGCGGACCUCGAUGAGGUGGGGGAGCGGUUGAAGUCGCACAAUCUCCCUGAGCAGGUGAUGGUGGAUUGCUCUCACGGGAAUUCGAAUAAGGAUUACCGGAAUCAGCCGGCAGUGGCAAAGGACCUUUGCGAGCAAAUUAGUGAGGGCGCCAAGGAUAUUGCGGCGGUGAUGAUCGAGUCUCAUCUGGUGGAGGGGAAUCAGAAACUGACUGAUGAUGUGUCGUCGAUGACCUACGGGCAGUCUGUGACGGACGCGUGUAUUAAUUGGCAAACAACGGAGGAGGUUCUUGAAGGUUUCGCGCAAGCGGUGAGGAAGAGGAGGGGGUAA